CACUUGAAGUAUCUGCUUAAUAAGAUGUCAAAUCAAUAGAUCUUUAUCGACAUCAAAAGUAAUUUUCACAACAUUUAUACAGGCUUUAGUAAAUAAAUGGCAGCAUCCCUGUUACGUCAGAACAAAGUACUGUAUUUCUUCGGAUUCGGGAGGAAAGCUCACGACCUUAUUGUAACCUCCAAUCGAACGAUCAUGACUAGCCGGGCCAGAAUGGAAAGGGUCGUGGAAGACCUGCAGAAGAAUCCUUACUUUGAAAAGUACGCCCAAAAAAUUGCCAAACUUCAGGAAACCAGUCCCGAAGAGUUUCUGUCGAGGUGCGAGGAAAAGGAGCGCAAAAUCAGGGAGGAAAAAGGUAACUCAUCUUCCUAUGCACCUGUGCACCUUUGUAAAACGUCCAAAUCACAGUCACUUUGGAAAACCAUGUCGCACGUGUGGAGAUCCAGCAGGUUGAGGAACCAAAGCUUUAUCAGAUCUUAUUCACAGAUGGCCUCCAAAACCAAAUAUAUUACAACGCCAAUUUUUUAUGUGAAUGCCGCUCCUCACAUUGGUCACCUAUACACAGCAGUUGUAGCUGAUUGCAUAGCCAAGUUUAAUCAAAUGCAAGGACACCAGACUGUUCUGAACACCGGCACCGACGAGCAUGGCAAUAAAGUUCAGCGCGCAGCCAAACAGCUGAGCCUUCCAGUUGACCUAUACUGCGAAUUAACGUCGAAAAAAUUCCGAGAGAUGUGCGAACACUUCCAAGUCGAUUAUACGAAUUUCAUAAGAACGACGGAGCCCCAUCAUCAGAAGACUGUGCAAUAUUUUUGGAAACUCCUGGAGGAGAAAAAUCACAUCUACAAGGGAAAGUAUACUGGCUGGUACUGCGUGCCCGACGAGGCGUUUCUGUUUGACCAGGAUUUGGUUGACAAAAAAACCCCAUCCGGCGAUACAAUAAAAGUUUCAGCCGAGUCAGGUCAUCCCGUUGAGUGGACCGAGGAAGAUAACUACAAGUUUCGCUUGAGUUCGUUUCAAGACGACUUGCGGCACUGGUUGAAAGAUGAGAAAGUGGUUCAGCCAUCGGUGUAUCACAAAAUAUUGUCCCAAUGGGUCGAGGACGAGAGGUGCUUGGCGGAUUUGAGCAUUUCGAGACCUCGAAGCAGAGCACCCUGGGGCAUUCGUACGCCUAGUGAUCCAGAUCAAACGAUAUACGUGUGGCUGGAUGCUCUAGUCAACUAUUUAACGGUACUCGGGUACCCUCAUCGGGAAUUCAAGCAAUUUUGGCCACCCACCGUGCAGGUGAUUGGGAAGGAUAUUUUGAAGUUCCACGGGAUUUAUUGGCCGGCAUUUUUAAUGGCAGUGGGCCUGGAGCCACCGAAAACUCUGCUCUGUCACUCACACUGGACAGUGGACAACGAAAAAAUGUCGAAAUCCAAGGGAAACGUCGUAUCACCUUUCGACGCUGCCAAGCAAUUUUCGGCCGACGGGUUGAGGUAUUUUCUCCUCAGAGAUUCCGUUCCACACAACGAUGCCAACUACAGCACAGAGAGGGUUCUGAACGUACUGAACUCGGAGCUCGCCGACACCCUGGGAAAUCUGAUAAACAGGUGCACAGGCAAACUCGUGAACCCUAAACAGGAAAUUCCCAGCGCUGCAGGGCACGGUCGCUUCUUGAAAUCCGAGGUCGCCCAAAGCCUACGCGCAAGCAUGGAAGCCCUCGGUGACACCGCCAAGCAGCACUACGAGUCGUUCUACGUCCAUCACGUGGUCGACGCGGCCAUGUCGACCGUGCGGUGUGCCAAUGCCGUGGUCGAGUAUCACAAGCCCUGGUCUCUGCGCAAGGAGCCCGAUAACGAGGCAGCAGUCGCGGAACUGAAGGCCGUCAUCGCCUUGGCUCUGGAGGCCACGAGAAUCAGUGCUUUGGUGCUGUACCCGGUGAUGCCGGCCUUGAGCACGGUCGUGCUGGACUUUUUGAACGUCCCGAUGAACGAGAGGUCUUGGAAGCACACGAAACCAGUUUACUUGAACUCCACAGCAUCGACCGAGUCGGAACCAUUCGGUCAUUCGAAUACCAUUAUUUUUCCCAAAAUCAAGCUGGCAGCCUAGGGCUGUUUCAAUUUUUUACCGAUUGUUGCAUUUCGUUGUUUCAAAAACUUUGUUCACCAUAUACUUUUGUACGUUAC